AUGCUAAGCUUUGUAGAAGGAUCAAAAAUUCCAAGAGCUUCCAAUGACACCACCAUCAAUGAUUGGAUCCUUGACUUCGUAGAACGUCACAUGGACAAGGAUGCCAAUCCCUGUGAGGAGUUUUACCGCUACGCCACGGCAAUGGAGGAGAAGGUGUGGCGGUACUACGAAACCUGUCUCAUGGCAUCCGAGGCAACCCGCUCGCCGAAACAUUACCUGGAGCUGGUCUCCCCGGAUGUGAAUCUAACCUGGCCGCAGUUCGCCCACGAGAAGGAUAAGUGGCUCCAAGUGGACUUCAAUUGGUUGCGCACGCUGGCUCAUCUCCGACGCUAUGGAAUGGAGAAUUUCAUAAUCAGGAUGAACGUACAGCCUGACGCCAAGGACACCAACAAGUUCGUAGUGAACCUAUACAUGCCCGAUGCUGAAAAGUUCCAGGAGGCCGACAACAUCUCUGAUCUGCUGAUUAACAUCGGCGUGGACAGCAGCCAGAACAAGGAAUCAGUUAGCCUGGACGAGGAUGGUUUUACCAAUGAAUUUUACACUCUAGCCGAGCUCCAGAACCGGACGGAACUGCAGUUGCAAAAGUAUCUUAAGAUAGUCUUUGGCCGGUCCUUCAAUGGCUCCUUUAAGGUCGAGGUGCAAAAUAUUAAAUAUCUGGAGGGCCUUGAGGAGAUCCUUCAUAGCUACGACAAGGAUGUGGUGGUCAGCUACCUAAUGGUGAAGUUUGUAAACUUUAUAAUGGCUCUAGAUGGCAGUGGACCAGAUGGUGAUUCCGAAAAGUGUCUUGAUGCCGUGCGUUUCCAAAUGGAACAUGCUAGCGAUCUCCUCUAUGAAGACCAUUAUCUGGGAACUAAAAAGCUAGAGGAGUACACAGCGGAAGUCCAGAGGAUCUUUGAAGCCAUUAAACAAAGUUUCAAAAAUAGAAUAGAGAAGAACCACCUGAAUUUGAGCUCGGUGGAUGUCAGUGCCUUGAAGGAGAAACUGCUGGCCAUGACAUUAACCGUUGGCAUUUUACCCAGCAAAGCUAAUCAUCGCCGCUUUGUCACCGACUUCUAUCAGGGUCUGGAACUGGACUCGGAGCCGGACUUUGCCAAGGCUCAACUGGAGGUCUUAAAGCUAAGAACACUAAGAGUGCUGGAGCAACUGGAUGGAGCUUUUUCUAAAAACGAAGGCUUCUUUCUGCUCUAUGAUGAAAUCUCUAACAAUAAUCCCGUGCCUUGGUUCGAAGUCAGCGGAAAUACCAUCGUCCUGGUUUAUGAAAUGCUACGGGAGCCCGUGCUUGCCACUGAAGGCCAGCAUGACGUCUUCAAGAUGAGCCUACUGGGUUACCUGUUGACCCGCAAACUGAUGGAGAACUUUACACCAUAUUUUCUACCUUACGAUGGCAAUGGAAAUUAUGGCGAAGUGCUGCGUUCUUUCGAGGAUUACCCAAGCUAUAAGGAAGCCCUCGCCUGCUUGAAUUCCACUCAAACGAAUAAUCUAGCCAAGCGGGUGAUCGAUGUGGUCAGCCUGGGAAUUGCCUAUGAUGCUUACUUUGGAGAGGGUUCUCAGUUUGACCAAAAGCAGCCGGACUUUACUGAAGUGCCAUUGAAGCAGCUAUUCCUGCUCAGCAUAGCCCAGUGGUUUUUGGGUGACGCCAAGUAUUUGGAUUACGGAGCAGCGGACACGGAUGAGGUGCGUCUAGGCCAGGCAAUGAGAAAUCUUCCCAACUUUGGAGAGAUUUUUAACUGUCCAACAUCUGCGGUCCUAAAUUCAACAGACAACUGUCAAGUUUGGUAA